AUGUCGCGCGUUCCAUUCAUUGGCAGAUUGUUCUGGUUUGAGUACCUGGCUUUAUUCGGCUCAUUGAUACUGGUACUGCUUGAAACGAUUAUACAUCUGAUAACAUGGUGCCUCCCGAGCCCUAUAAUCAGGUUCUGCUACGAGCAGUCCAAAGCGCUCUUUAAUCUGCUGAUCCCAACGGAGUCUCGUCAGAGGCGCACGAAAGAAGAGGUUUUUGCCAAUGCCAUCGCAGAUGCAUCGGAUUUCACCGAAAUAUGCGCCCUUUUUGGUUACCAAGCCGAGGAGCACAUUGUACAAACAAAUGACGGCUAUCUUCUUGGGCUACAUCGACUUGCAUAUCGAAAGGGGGAAGAACACGUUCGUGUCAAUCAAAGCCCCGGCGGUAUCCAAAAGAAAGUGGUAUAUCUUCACCAUGGGCUUCUCAUGUCCAGUGAAGUUUGGGUGGCCUUGACAGACGAGCAAAGAUGUCUUCCCUUCCAACUGGUGGAAAAGGGAUACGACGUAUGGCUAGGAAACAACCGUGGAAACAAGUACUCGAAGAAAUCCAUCAAGCAUUCACCGGGCUCGAAUGAGUUCUGGGAUUUCUCGAUCGAUCAAUUCGCCUUCUCGGAUAUCCCAAACAGCAUCGAGUACAUCCUCGAGGUCACAGAGCAGCCAUCGCUAUCAUACAUUGGAUUCUCACAAGGAACAGCUCAGGCAUUUGCUACGCUGGCUAUUCACCCGCUGCUAAACAGGAAGAUCGAUGUCUUUGUGGCACUCGCACCUGCUAUGGCCCCUUCAGGUCUACGCAAUCGCAUUGUCGAUUCCCUCAUGAAAGCAUCUCCUGACUUCUUGUUCUUGCUCUUUGGUCGUCGCAGCAUUCUGUCAUCAACGACCAUGUGGCAGACGAUACUCUAUCCACCAAUUUUCGUGCGAAUCAUCGAUACAGCUCUCCGUGCUUUGUUCAACUGGAAGUGUCGCAACAUCAAGCGUACACAGAAGCUAGCUGCGUAUAUGCAUCUAUACUCGUUCACCAGCACCAAGUCUGUCGUGCAUUGGUUCCAAAUCAUUCGCCACAAAAACUUCCAGUUCUACGACGAUGAAGUCUACGCUCCAUUUAGCAUUGCUGCCAGCGAGCGCUUCUACAAACCCGUCAAGUACCCGACCCGCAAUAUCAAAACUCCCAUCGUACUGCUCUACGGCGACAGCGACAGUCUUGUCGAUAUCGGAGUGAUGCUGAAGGGUCUGCCACAUACUACAGUCGCGCAAGCAAUCCCUACAUACGAGCAUCUAGACUUCUUGUGGGCCUCUGAUGUCGACCGCCAAGUCUUCGGUUACGUUUUCGAUGCGCUCGAGAUCUAUAGUCGUGGCAGCCCCGGCGCUAUCAGCACAACAUCGGGUUCCCCUAGCAAGCAUGUGAAGGGGUUCUUGACUGACGCGCGCGCUUCCAACACUUCAGCCUCACGCAAAAACCACGUCGUAAACGGUGUGCACGGGGCUACUGUGUAA